AUGUUUCCACUAAAUCGCAGCCGAACUCUUCCAAUUGACCACGACAACCCUCCUACACACCGAUCAGCAACCCCUCUAAUUCAGGUAAACAGGACCCCAAAGAUUGAUACAGAAUUUCCAAAUUUCGAGCUCCCAGAGUUAAAAUUAUCUCCUUCAUUUCCUAUAAGUAAAGUAACUUCUAGACGCUGCUCAGACUCAUCUGAGGACAUAACUGACGAAGAAUCAGAAGAAGAAAAAGACACAAUUACAAUUAUUCCAAGCUCCCCCAAUGACUUAUUGUCAUGACACAAAGCGAAACAGCAAGCAAUAAUAGACAACAUCCGGCUUGCAAAAGAAGAAGAAAUCGCUAACACUUCUAGGCUUUACCGGAAGAGUUUUACGAAGGCUUUAGAAGAUUCGAUGGCUCAGCAAAAGUUGGAAUAUAUCAAAACAAUCACAAGUUUGAGGAAUGAAGCUUAUGAAAUCAAAGGGGUGAUUUCCAAAAGAGACUAUACUAUUACGUAUCUGGCUGAUAUGCUUACUGAUACUUAUUUACUAGAUUUAAGAUGAAUUUAUCAGUCUAGGCUGUGGAAAAAAGUAAAUUUUUAUAUGAAUGCGUCAAUGUGCAUAUUUAAAAAUAAUUAUAUACAAUUAACGGAACAAAGAAUAAAGUUAGGGAAAACUGAUAAAUUCUCGAUUGAGCCGGAAAACUCAGAAGAAAAAGUGCCUGAAAUAAUUGAGCCAAAAGACAAAAAUUUGCUUGCAGAAGUCCAAAGUUUGAAGCUACAGAUAAAAUCAUUGAAAAAUGUCUGUGAAAUGUACCAAGAAGAUGCUUCAAAAGCCAACGAAAAAGUUAAAAAGCUAGAACAAGAAAAGAAGGAACUAAUAAGAGCUUAUGAAGAAGAAGUAAACGAGUUAAAAACACAAUUAAAUGCAAAGACAUUACUUCCUCUGUAGAAAUAAAAUGAUGGCGUUGAUGGAAAUUGGACUCCUAGGAGCACUCCCUGUGGAGCAGUAGGACCCAUCCUGAUGAAGCUGAAAACAGGUUUCUAUCCCUCUUUGAGCGGGUCUUCAGGUUCGGGAAAGCAUUGACAAAGAGAGAAGUUUUGUUUCUCCCUGAAGGUUUUCCUGUCCUGCCAGAUGGGCUAAACAGGUUUUGUCUACAACAUGCUUCUUCUUAUCGGGACCACAGAGGCACCAUUCGGUGGCACUGUCCUGGGAGCUGAUCCCUUAGACAGGAAGUUUAGAUAGGAAUCAGCAGGGCAGCCUUCAAUUUCCUGACUUGAGCUCCGAAGUCUAUGGAGACUGCUUUUAGAGCCAAUGAGGCAAAGACUAUAGCUCAUACCCCUUUAUAGAUUUCUUUAUCGAGCAAAAUGUACUGGAUUAUUGAACGACCAAGAGAGACUCUAUUAAAGGAACGGGCUGGAUAUCUAUAUCAGGAAGUGCUAAAAAGUGGCAUGUCAAAAAAUGGUGACAAGUCUGAAAAAAAUUGACAAAUAAACGCGCCAAUUUUUAAAAUGGAUUUAUUAUUAAAAUAAUUUAAAACUUAAGAUACCAAUUAGACAGAAGAUAUUAUUGCAUUAUAUAUAGGCUUUAGAUAUUUUGAUUUAUAUAUAUAUACUUAAAUUUAAUAAUAGCUGUGAAAAUCAAAAACUUGCAACUCAAUGUGCAUUUUUUCCGGCUCGAUGGAAUUUCUUUAUUUUAUGCUAAUUUAUAUAUGAAGACUAGAGCUAUAAUUUGCAAAGUGCGUGGCUUGUGAUUUUAAAUAUAUAAGAAGUUCUUAUCGACUCAUAUUAGAAGUACUUAGCAAAAAUUCAAUAUGGCUUAUAAGCGAAAAUCAAAAACUUGCAACUCGAUGUGCAUUUUUUCCGGCUCGAUAGAAUUUCUUUAUCUUAUGCUAAUUUAUUUAUGAAGACUAAAACCAUAAUUUGCAAAGUGUGUGGCUUGUGAUUUAAAUAUAUACAAAGUUCUUAUCGACUCAUAUGAUGUGUACUUAGCAUAAUUAAAUAUUGACUAAAAUUAAAAUAUCUUAAGUUUUAAAUUAUUUUAAUAAUAAAUCCAUUUUAAAAAUUGGCGCGUUUAUUUGUCAAUUUUUUUCAGACUUUUCAUCAUUUUUUGACAUGUCUCUUUUUAGCACUUCCUGAUAUAGAUAUCCAGCUCGUUCCUUUAAUAGAGUCUCUCUUGGUCGUUCAAUAAUCCAGUACAUUUUUGCUCGAUAAAGAAAUCUAUAAAAGGGGUAUGAGCUAUAUUGAGUUGCCCACUUCUGGCAAGUUUAACAUUUUUAAUUUAAUUUACUCCCUCUAUAAGCAACAAAAAAAUUUUUGAUCUGAUCAGUUUUUUAAUAUAAAAAUGCAUAGUAAAUUCUUUUUCUAGAAAAUUUAAAAAAUCUCAAUUGGAAAGUAAAAUUUUGUUUUAAAGUGCAGUCUGUUUAAAAUUAAACAGAAUAAGCGAGAGAUUUCAUUAUAUAUCACUUAUACAAAAAACUUUUUGCUGGCUCACCUAGGGUGGCUUCAAUGGCUUUACUCAUUCGCGGAGGAGAAUUUAGAAUAUCAAGAGUAUAUUAAAACAAAAAACAAAGAGUAACCUAUAAACAGGCUUGAAAAUAUUAGAUUUGAAAGUAAAAAAGAAAUCGAGCUGAGAGACAUUUUAUUAGAAAGAUUCAAAGACCAUGUAGAAAUCCUAAAAGGGGAGUUAAAAAACGCAAAAAUUGUUCUACAAAGUCCGAGGCUAAGAAUGCAAUACCAUGAAAAGCUUAAAGAUUACGUUGAUGAGGUGCAGAAUUCGAGUCCUUUGUCAGAGACUCAAAAGUCCUUGGUAAGGAAAAAUUCGCCAAAAACACCUCGACAAGAAAAAAAAUCGAAAUUGAUAAUAAAGGCUGAGGGAACGACGGACGCGAGCAUUUUGGAUCGAAGCUAUGUGGUUCGACAGAUCUCGCCUCAAAAGAGGCCCACAACCUCUUCAACGCCCCGUUAUUCGUUUCUACGAGUAAAGCCUGAUACAGCGAUUUGUGAACGCAGACACACAAAAACCCCAGAAUUAUAA